AUGGCAAUGGUAGAAAAUAACGAAUUCUACGUUGACGUGCCAUGUAUUGAUUGUACUACGCGUAAAUUUUAUAGCGAUUAUGUUGGAUUGGUCCCUGAUGAAGUCGAGACACAUGUGAAAAGGGUGCGCGACAAGGCAUAUAAAAUAUAUCCAUACCCGUGUCUUGGGCAGUAUUCAUUCAAUGAGUUUAGCUUGGCAAUGCUUCCUGAUUAUCUGGAAGUUUUACAACGCGUCAAAGAUGGUGACAAGAUAUUAGACCUUGGUUGCUGUUUGGGCCAAAAUAUUCGAAAGCUUGUGGCAGACGGAGCUCCUCCAGAAAAUAUUGUAGGAACCGAUCUUCAACAAGAUUUUAUCAAUUUUGGUUACGAAAUGUAUGGAGAUCAAGAGAAAUUGAAAGUUUCGUUCACAGCAGGCGACAUAUUCAACGAAUCCUUCCAUCAAACUUUGACAGGGCAUUUUGACAUUGUCUUCGCGGGAAAUUUCAUUCAUUUGUUCGACUAUAAUGAUCAAAAGCGUGUGAUGAGACAAAUUGCAAAGUUUAUACGCGAAAAAGGGGGCAUGAUUCUGGGUCAACAACUAGGUUCGACCAAACCAAAAGAAAUUAUUUGGUCAGGACGUGGUAUAUAUCUACACAACCAAGAAUCUUUCAAACAAAUGUGGGACGAAGUCAACGGCAAAGAGUGGUCUUUAGAUGCGUCGUUAUAUCAACUGGAGUGGGCGAAUAGCCAAACAGAAUUCCUCAGAUUUGUCAUACGUAAGCUAUAA